CGCCGCCGCUCGCCCCCGCCGCACUGGAUUUACCGCCCUCCGCGGCCCCGCGCCCCGGCCCCAUGCGGGGCACCGGCAGCAGGGCACCGCGGGCUCUGUGUCUGUCUGUCCGGCCUCUCUCAUGCUGGCAGCUCUGGGAUGCGACCGGUCUCGGCGAGGGUGCCUGCGCCGCGGCUGGCUGCGAGAUGGGUGCCAUCCCCCAAAGAGCCUAGAAGGGGACCUGGAUGGCCGUGGCUGAAGGCGGCUGGUGCGCGGUGAGGCGGUGCGCUGCGGACGCCGGCGGUUCCUCCUGCCCCUUCGCGACCAGGGAGCCGGGCCCGUCUCCUCCUUCGCCUUCCUCCUCCUCCUCCUCCUCCGGCGGCUCCCAGGGCGAGCGCGGCUCCUCCAAGACUCCUCAGCCGGAGCCCGACGGCAGCCACCGGCCGGCCCCUCCGCCACCCCUCGCCGCCGAGGGCAGGUCGCUGCUCGCCCCCUACGUGCACUUCGGGGCCCCCCACCCCUCCGGCCUGCCCAGCUGGGAGGACAUCCUGCUCUUCGCGGAUUUAGACCAAACCAACAAGCUGAUCUGGUCCAGCCGCGGCUCCAAGCUGAGCGCCCUCGGCGCCGAGCAGCCCGAGGAGAUGUACCAGACCCUGGCCAUCUCGGCCGCCCAGGGCCCCACGCCUUACGACGGAUCUCCGGGCGGCUUCAUGCACUCCACGCCUAGCUCGCCCGUCUACGUGCCCACCACCCGCGUGGGCUCCAUGCUGCCCACCCUGCCCUACCUGCAGGGCAGUGGGGCGGCCCAGCCCAGCCACCCGGGGGGCGGCCACGCCGUCUGGUCCCAGCCGGCGACGGAGAGCCCCUCGUACAGCACCGGCGGCGGCUCCCACCCCUCCGGCCGCUUCCCCUACUCCCCCAGCCCGCCCGUGGCCAACGGGGCCUCCCGGGAGCCCGGCGCCUACAGCAACAGCCUGGGCGCCAGGGACCAGUACAGCCCCCUGGCCCGGCCGCUCAACGGCUCCUACCCGGGGCCCUACACGUCCUACGUGGGGCCGCAGCUCACCCCCGCCUGGCCCACGGCGCCCUUCGAGAACUCCAUGCUGCACUGCCUCCAGGGCCGGCCCGCCCCCAUCCCCGUCCGGGCACCCAGCGCAGAGCUGCUGGAGGACCUGUCCGAGAGCCGGGAGUGCGUCAACUGCGGCUCCAUCCAGACCCCGCUGUGGAGGAGGGACGGCACCGGCAACUACCUGUGCAACGCCUGCGGGCUCUACACCAAAAUGAACGGCCUCAGCCGGCCCCUCAUCAAGCCCCAGAAGAGAGUGCCCUCGUCCCGGCGGCUGGGCUUGUCCUGUGCCAACUGCCACACCACGACCACCACCCUGUGGCGCAGGAACGCGGAGGGUGAGCCCGUCUGCAACGCUUGUGGCCUCUACAUGAAGCUCCACGGGGUUCCCCGACCUCUUGCUAUGAAAAAAGAAGGAAUUCAGACCAGGAAGCGAAAACCUAAGAACAUAAAUAAGUCAAAGGCAUGCUCUGGUAACAGUACUACUGCGGUUCCUAUGACUCCAACAUCCACGUCUUCUACUAAUUCAGAUGACUGUCGAAAAACCGCUUCCCCCAGCACACAGACUGCAGCCUCCGGGGCGAGCUCGUCAGUGAUGUCUGGCCCAGGAGAGAGCACCAGUCCCGAAAGCAGCAACCUUAAGUAUUCAGGUCAAGACGGGCUGUACACAGGAGUCAGCCUGACCUCUACAGCCGAAGUGACGGCAUCCGUGAGACAGGAUCCCUGGUGUGCCCUGGCUCUGGCGUGACCUGGCAUGAGGGAAGCUGGAUCCCGGCGCUGCGCAGCAGCCCCAAGACGUUCGCGCACGGUUUCUUCUGCGGAGCAGUCAUGGUGGCAGUGAGAGUGCUGGCAAAGACCACUCCUCUGAAAUUGUUUCUGUGCCUUGGUGGCAGAGGUGAUUUUCAGCCUCCAAAAGAGGCUCUGCCGAAGCAUCCAGUUCCUCAUCUAUGCAAGAAAAAUAUAGAGAAAGCAAAUAUCCACUGGGGAUAUAGCUAAUGCAGCCUUACACUCUCAAAAAAAAAAGAAAGAAAAAAAAAAAAAGAAGAGAUAAACCUAGACCUAUUGAUAGAUUCCAGAAAUACAUCCUUGACUUACCCAGCAGCACUGCCUUUCUGAUUGUAUAGUUAUUUUCACUCUCUCAUUGCCUCCUCCCCCAAGAAAUUGGUGGAACUCGUCAGUGUUGGGGAGGGAGUACCAAAGGCUUUAAUUACUAGAGGUAGCGAGAUACUUUGUAACGAGCAUCAGAAGUGCAUACUGCUUGAGUCGACGCCAAUCUCUCACACCGAACAUUUGAUGUCUUCGCCCCGUCAGUUGUCUCCUCCUGCGCCCUCUGUCUCCAGUGUGCCUUGCUCUGCUCUUCAGAGCCCAGCUAUGCCCCUGGAAGAAAUCACAACAUUUGGUACAAGUCUCACAAGGUCCAGCUUGUUAAGGAGAUUUUGGGUUGGUGGUUUUUUUUUGGGUUUAAAAUAUUUACUCACUUUGCAAGACUGCGAUAUAACUUUUAAAGUACACUGUGACUGAGGUUUAUGAAAGUUCGUAUUUUCUGGCUGAACUGUAUAGAGUCAGUCAAAAUUUGUAAACAGGGUAGCAAUCAGAUAUUUUUCUUCCAUAUAUACAAUAAUUUUUUUAAAGAAGUGCAAUUUGCGUUGCAGCAAUCAGUGUUAAAUCAUUUGCAUAAGAUUUAACAAUGGUUUUUAUACGAAUGAAUGAAUGUAAACAUUUUAACUUAAUGGUACGUAAAUAAUUUAAAAGAAAAACUUAACUAGGCAUCCUUAGGCUUUUUAGCGCAACAAAACCCCAUCCACUUUCUGUAUUUCUAGUUGUUAAAGCAAGAGUUUCAAAGAACAAGCCUUCUCUCAGGAAAAUUGCCCUAGCCGUUCGCUUGGAAGUGUUGUACAAAAAUACAAAUGCAUCCCCAGGCUUUUUUGGCCACUGAAUAAGUAUGUGCUGGAAAGAAACAAAUCGCAAUGAAACUUUACUACCUAACUGAUACAUAUGUAAAUACUCCAUAAGAUAUUCAGGCAUCUUGAAAAUGUAGGAUGCAAUCUGUAUAGUGUGACUGACGCAUAGUUAGGUUGGUUUCCAUUGGUUUUUAAGUGGGAUGUCAUUUGGAAAGUUGUUUCAUCAGAGCUUUACAAAUAAAAGGGUAUCAUUUUGGGAUAUUUUUUUUUUCCUGUACACUGUGCCUUCUCCUUUGUCUCCAACGCAAUUGUUAAGCUACAUUAAAAGCUAUAGAAAUGUACCUGAUACGGGCGGCGUGUCUGAUGGCUGCAAGGAAGGUCUCCAGCUGAAGUGCCUGCUGUGGCUAAGCUGCUAAGUCUGCAUUGUGUGUGGCUUUUCUGCAGCUCCCCUCACUAUGCCUUCUGAUGAUACGUUAAACUAGGGCCUCCACUUACCAACACAAGCCCCUCACGGGCACGUGGGAGGUUUUUCUGAUGAAAGUCUGGGGAACUGAUCCCGUGCCUUGUGAGGACUGUCGUGGUUUUGCUUGGCCUUCACACCAUGGCUAAAGGGUCUCACCCUGGUCCCCUGUGUGUGCAAAUAUCUGCCUGUCACGCACUGCAGAUGUAACUGCAUAAGACCAACUGGGUGGCAGAGCCAUUGCGUGGCUGCUGACAUCCUCCGGUGGCCAAAGGUGAAGGGCAGCAAAAACUGAAGGUUCUGCAACAGAAAAGAGAAGACGUCGAAUUUUAGCUACUCAGGGGAACGAAAAACCUUUCACUGGCUCUAAGGAGUGGUCCUCUGCAUUGCUUGGCUGACCGGAGCAAGACAACGCCGCACGUGAUUUCCAGCUGUGUCGGUAUUACUACUGGACCGGGAAGCUGGGAUGCCCAAUCUCCAUACCCAGAGAUCAGAGGAGUGGCUGCGAGACAUGUCUUCACCUUUUUCACCCAGAAUUUCAUUUGGGGUGAAUUGGGAUAGCUCCUUGGCCUCCAGUGAGGCUGUGCUGAUUUGCACCAGCUGAGAACCUGGUUUUUCAACCCAGGCAGUCAAGGUCACCUUCUUGCCCUGGGGUUGUCAUGAGGACCACGGGAUGAAUGCUGCAGCACAGCCCUCAGAGGGGAACGGCUUCUAGCAAAAAGGGGUCAGGUCAAGCAUCACCUGGGGUUUGGGCUUCUCAGGAGUGGGGACGUGCUCAUCUUUCCUGGUGGGGCCAUGACGCCAGCCUUGGUGCUGGGCCACAACA